AUGGAAGUUUUCUCCCUCAUCCUGGUCGUGUCCGUCUGUUGGACUCGAACCUGGAAAGCGGCGAUUGCAGAUUCAAUCAUUCAUAUCGGGGCGAUUUUUGAUGAAUCUGCCAAAAAAGAUGAGGAAGUUUUUCGAAUGGCAGUAGCUGAUCUCAACCAGAAUGAUGAAAUCUUGCAAACAGAGAAAAUCACAUGUUCGGUGACAUUUGUGGAUGGCAACAAUCCUUUCCAAGCAGUUCAAGAAGCCUGUGACCUGAUGAACCAAGGCAUCCUGGCCCUUGUCAGCUCCAUCGGCUGCACGUCAGCAGGAUCUCUGCAGUCUCUGGCUGACGCCAUGCACAUCCCUCACCUCUUCAUCCAGCGCUCCACGGCAGGAACGCCGAGGAGCGGCUGCGGGCUCACCAGGAGCAACCGCAACGAUGACUACACACUCUCCGUGCGGCCCCCGGUCUACUUAAAUGAUGUCAUCUUGAGAGUGGUCACAGAAUAUGCCUGGCAGAAAUUCAUUAUUUUUUACGAUAAUGACUAUGAUAUCCGUGGAAUACAAGAAUUUUUAGACAAAGUAUCUCAACAGGGAAUGGAUGUAGCAUUACAGAAGGUAGAAAACAAUAUCAAUAAAAUGAUCACAGGGCUCUUUGCCACUAUGAGAAUAGAAGAACUGAACCGCUAUCGGGAUACCCUGAGACGGGCCAUUCUCAUAAUGAACCCUUCCACAGCCAAAUCAUUCCUGACAGAGGUCGUGGAGACUAAUUUGGUUGCUUUUGACUGUCACUGGAUCAUUAUAAAUGAGGAAAUAAAUGACGUGGAUGUGCAGGAGCUGGUGAGAAGGUCAAUUGGAAGGUUAACAAUUAUUCGACAGGCAUUUCCAGUCCCCCAAAACAUAAGCCAGCGCUGUUUCCGUGGCAACCACAGAAUAUCUUCAUCACUGUGUGAUCCCAAGGACCCUUUCUCCCAAAGCAUGGAGAUUUCAAACCUGUAUAUAUAUGACACUGUCCUCCUGCUGGCAAAUGCCUUUCAUAAGAAGUUGGAGGACAGGAAGUGGCACAGCAUGGCCAGCCUCACCUGCAUCAGGAAGAACUCUAAACCCUGGCAAGGAGGGCGAUCAAUGCUGGAAACCAUCAAGAAGGGUGGAGUGAAUGGCUUGACUGGAGAACUGGAAUUUGCAGAAAAUGGGGGUAAUCCUAAUGUGCAUUUUGAAAUUUUGGGCACAAACUAUGGAGAAGAUCUUGGCAGAGGCAUCCGCAAGCUUGGCUGCUGGAAUCCCAUAACUGGUCUGAAUGGGUCCCUGACAGACAGAAAGCUGGAGAACAACAUGCGAGGAGUGGUUCUGCGUGUAGUGACUGUGCUGGAAGAGCCCUUUGUCAUGGUGUCUGAAAAUGUUCUGGGAAAACCAAAGAAAUAUCAGGGCUUCUCAAUAGAUGUGUUGGAAGCCUUGGCCAAUUACCUCGGCUUUAAAUACGAAAUUUAUGUAGCACCAGAUCACAAGUAUGGAAGUCCUCAGGAUGAUGGGUCAUGGAAUGGCCUGAUAGGAGAACUGGUGUUUAAGAGAGCUGACAUUGGGAUCUCUGCCCUGACCAUCACCCCGGACAGGGAGAACGUGGUGGACUUCACCACACGGUACAUGGACUACUCGGUGGGAGUGCUGCUGCGGAAGGCAGAGAAGACAAUGGAUAUGUUUGCCUGCCUGGCCCCGUUUGACCUCUCCCUGUGGGCCUGCAUUGCUGGCACGGUGCUCUUAGUGGGGCUCCUGGUCUACCUCCUGAACUGGCUCAACCCCCCACGCCUUCAGAUGGGAUCCAUGACAUCCACAACUCUCUACAACUCCAUGUGGUUUGUCUACGGAUCCUUUGUGCAGCAAGGAGGAGAGGUUCCAUACACAACCCUGGCAACCCGACUGAUGAUGGGAGCCUGGUGGCUUUUUGCUUUGAUUGUCAUCUCCUCCUACACGGCCAACCUAGCAGCUUUCCUCACCAUCACACGAAUUGAGAACUCCAUCCAGUCUCUCCAGGAUCUCUCAAGGCAGACAGAUAUUCCUUAUGGCACUGUCCUGGACUCAGCAGUGUACGAGCACGUGCGAGUGAAAGGGAUGAACCCCUUCGAGAGAGACAGCAUGUAUUCCCAGAUGUGGCGCAUGAUCAACAGGAGCAAUGGCUCAGAGAACAACGUCCUGGAGUCCACUGCAGGCAUUCAGAAGGUGAAACACGGGAACUAUGCCUUUGUGUGGGACGCAGCGGUGCUGGAGUAUGUGGCCAUCAACGAUGCGGAGUGCUCCUUCUACACGGUCGGGAACACUGUCGCGGACAGAGGGUACGGGAUCGCCCUGCAGCACGGCAGCCCCUACCGAGACGUCUUCUCACAAAGGAUUUUGGAGCUGCAGCAGAAUGGCGACAUGGACGUACUGAAGCAUAAGUGGUGGCCGAAGAACGGUCAGUGUGAUCUUUACUCAUCUGUGGAUACCAAACAGAAAGGAGGUGCCCUGGACAUAAAAAGUUUUGCAGGUGUUUUCUGCAUCCUCGCUGCAGGGAUUGUCCUGUCCUGUUUCAUUGCAAUGUUGGAAACGUGGUGGAAUAAAAGGAAAGGCUCCCGGGUUCCGUCAAAAGAGGACGACAAGGAGAUCGACCUGGAGCACCUCCACAGGCGCGUGAACAGCCUCUGCACAGACGACGACAGUCCCCAUAAACAGUUCUCCACCUCAUCGAUUGACUUGACCCCGCUGGACAUUGACACUUUACCCACACGUCAGGCACUGGAGCAAAUCAGUGACUUCAGGAACACUCACAUCACCACAACCACCUUCAUACCAGAGCAGAUCCAGACUCUGAGCCGCACGCUGUCCGCUAAAGCCGCCUCGGGAUUCUCCUUCGGCAGCGUGCCCGAGCACCGAACUGGCCCUUUCAGGCACAGGGCACCCAACGGGGGCUUUUUCAGAAGCCCCAUCAAAACAAUGUCAUCUAUCCCUUACCAACCAACUCCUACCCUGGGCCUGAAUAUCGGUAGCGACCCAGACCGAGGCACCUCCAUCUGAGCAUCAGAACAAGUUUCUUCACUGUUUCUUAUUUAGGACUCCCUUUGCAAGGAGCAGCUGUAAUAUUGUGGGACUAACAUGGAUGUAACCUUUCUUCUUUUCCUCAAUUUUCGGUUUUGAGGGUUGUGGUUUGGGGUUUUUUGUUUUUUUUAAUUUGUUUGGGGGUUAUUUUCUGUUCAAGGGGUUGUUUUGAGCUUUUUUUUUCUUUAUUUUAUUUAAGAAUCAGAAUUAUUAGUAGCAACUCUUCCUCCUCCUCUUCUCUGCUUUCUCAGUCUGGUCUCUUCUGCCUCCCCUUAUUCUCUGUACUACUUGAAUCACUUACUCUUUGGUUUAUCACCAUGUUAGGUUUUGGUUACUUCAGGCUUUUCAUAUACUUUAAAUAUAGGAAACGAGCAGUGAUUCGUGCAUAGGAAAACCCUGAGGAUUACUUUACAGAAGGGCAUUCGCUCCUCCUCCCCCACUGCCUUUUUUUACUAUAAUUGCAAUAACUGAAGUAUUUUUCAUGUAAUCUGCUGCAACCAGUCAGCGCUCCACUGCUGUGUGUCCUUUUAACUGUGGACCAAAGGCAAACCCUGCAGUCUUAAAAAUUGAAAAUUAAAAAAAAAGACAAAAAAGACCAAAAAAACAGAAAAAAAUAGAAAGGAAAAUAAAAGAAGUUCAAAGUUCAUUCAGGCCCCAUAAUAUAAGAAUGCAAUUUUGUAGAAUGACAAAAAGCCAUUACUAUGCCAGUAAAGACUACAGUUAAAUCUACUUUUGCACUGCAACAGUGCAUAUGACCUUUAUGUGGUUGUACAGUGUUAA